AUGGCGUACGCCGACGUGAAGGCGCACAAGGCCGGCAAGGGCGCGCUCGAGUGCGCGGUCUGCCUCAACGAGUUUGACGACAACGAGAUGCUACGUCUGCUGCCCAAGUGCCCCCACGUCUUCCACCCGGACUGCAUCGACACGUGGCUCACCUCGCACGUCACCUGCCCCAUUUGCCACGCCAACCUCGUCCCCGGCACCGACGACAACGCCUAG